AUGGCUGUCUUUGGUGUCAAAGGCAAAGUCGAGAAGCAACAGGGUCAAAACUUGGCCGCCCAAAUCCGUUACGCAGUUCGAUUCGAGCCAGAGCCUCUUCAUCUCGUAUAUGCAGCUAUAAAUGGAGUGGGGCACCGUCAUGAUUUCGACAAGCAGGAACUUGAAGUGGUUCCGCGCGAGUUGCCUCAAGGCGGGAAUGCCAACAAUGUCGUCAACAAGGCUGUUGGAUCUCUCACAGCCAAGGUGGGCUCCGUCGGACCUCAGGCUGUGAUUAGGUCUUUCCUCACCCCUAGAAAUGGCGCGGAUCGAGACGAGACGCAAAAAAACGGAAUGCAUCAUUAG